CACGUUUCCGUGGUCACAGUGAGGUUGGUUCGCCGUCGGCUUCCUGCUGCAGUAAAGAGCGGCGUCGAGAUAGACUGGGAAGGCUCAACACCACCACCUCCAAUAACGAUACUGUACAAUGAAACUGUUAGCAAUAUCUCCCCGUCUCGACAUCCGCUUCGUCACGGUUAUACUGCUGGUGAUGGGCCUCUCUACUCCCGGACAAGCAGAAAUCACCAGUCUGGACUCAGGCAACAUCGAUGAAGUCCUAAAUAAUGCUGGGGUGGCAUUAGUGAAUUUUUACGCAGACUGGUGUAGGUUCAGUCAGAUGCUCCAUCCAAUUUUUGAGGAGGCAUCUAACAUAGUGCGAGAGGAAUUCCCUAAUACCAAGCAGGUGGUGUUUGCCCGUGUCGACUGUGACCAACACUCGGACAUAGCCCAGAGGUACCGCAUCACCAAGUAUCCGACGCUGAAGUUGUUCCGCAAUGGGAUGAUGAUGAAGAGGGAGUACAGGGGUCAGAGGUCGGUGGCGGCCAUCGCUGACUUCAUCCGCCAGCAGCAGGUCGACCCAGUGAAAGAGAUACACACAUUGGAGGAGGUUAAUGCUGUUGAUAGGAGCAAGAGAAACAUCAUAGGUUACUUUGAAACAAAGGACUCAGAUAACUACCACACAUACGGAAAAGUUGCCAACAUUCUACGAGACGACUGCACUUUCUUGGCUGCAUUUGGUGCUGUGUCUGAGCCUGAGCGCUUCAGUGGUGACAAUGUAAUCUACAAGCCUAUGGGGGACAGCGCACCUGACAUGGUCUACCUUGGCUCGAUCAACAACUUUGACCUGACCUACGCCUGGGCCCAGGACAAGUGUGUGCCUCUGGUCCGGGAGAUCACCUUUGAAAAUGGAGAGGAACUGACUGAAGAAGGAAUUCCUUUCCUCAUCUUGUUCCAUGUUAAAGAAGACGGAGAGAGCUUAGAGAAGUUCCAACAUGAAGUAGCUCGUCAGCUAAUUAGUGAGAAAGGUUCUAUAAACUUCCUGCAUGCAGACUGCGAGAAGUUCCGCCAUCCUCUCCUCCAUAUCCAGAAAACUCCUGCUGACUGUCCCGUCAUCGCUAUAGACUCUUUCAGACACAUGUAUGUGUUUCCUGACUUCAAAGACCUCAAUAUUCCUGGCAAGCUGAGACAGUUUGUGCUCGACCUUCAUUCCGGAAAGCUACACCGAGAGUUUCACCAUGGUCCUGAUCCCACAGACAGCACGCCUGGACAGGAGGAGACGGGAGGAGAGGUGGCAAGCAGCCCUCCAGGGAGCUCAUUCCAGAAGCUGGCGCCCAGCGAGACUCGCUACACCAUCCUCACACGGGACCGCGACGAGCUGUGACCUCAACAGCCUUCCAGUGAUCCUGUGACUCGAUGCCACGCCCCGGGGUCUGGGAGGGGGUUAGGGUUGGGACAGGCCAGCGGGACAGAACAGCAACACCCAACACCCUUACUGAAGAGAGAGAGACGGUGAAGAGGAAGGAGGAGGAAAAAAACGAGGAACAGGAGAAGGAGUACAGUCCACGACACAACCAUGUUGGAAUAACCUAUAUUUUCAUAACUCUUUCACGUACAGUUUUUAUUUUGGAUCAAACGGAAGUGGGGUAAAGAAGAAAAAGCGUGUGGGCAGGGGUUAGGGGCAUUAGGACAUCAAGAGACGUGUUUUUACUUUUAUUUUUUGGAGCUUGUAAAUAUGUUUGUGCUACAUGGGAGUCUCAUUGUCGGUCUAAAUUAAAUGCAGAGUUUUCUUUAUUUUAUUCUUUUCUCUUUCAUCACCCGGCUUUUUGUAGGAAAAAAACAAAACAACCCCAGAGCAGUUCCCUCACUCCAGUCGUAUGGUUCUUAUCUGUGGGUAGUCCAGUUCAGCCUGUCUGGUAGGAGACGCUUGUUAAGUCUCAACGACCUCGUGGCUGCGUCUCAAUAUGACCAACUCUAGUCUAAUUCAUUUGUAUAGCACAAGUUAUAACAAUAUGCCUGUUUGAAGUAGCUUUUUCUCCAUAUCUUCUCCACACAUACUUCUGAAGGGAUAGAAAAAUAUUUUGAAAUAUUUGGUAGGGGAAACAUGUCAAAUCUCGAGACUUGAGACAGAAAAUAAAGAGACAUAGCUACUCCAGCCUAUUGAGAUGCACCCCUUCUCUCCCUGGUACUAAAUGGUUCUAGAUUAUGAUGUCUCUCACAGUGCUUAUAGAAAGUAUCCCCCCCAUUGCACCUUUUUUAUGUGUUACUGUUUUACAACACUAUCACAUUUGAUGUAAUUAAGAUUUAUUCGGUCAAAAUCAAUAGAAAAUACUUUAAUGAUGAAUGAGAUUUUAGCCAUCAAACUAAAUUCUGUGUGUUUUAGUGUUGGCCUAAAAUCAAACCAUCCCCACCAUGAAGCCUGGUGGUGGCAGCAUCAUGCUGUGUGGAGGCUUCUCUGCAGCAGGCCCUUGACAGCUUGUGGCGGUGGAAUUUAAACCGAUGCAGCAAAAUACAAAGAAAUGAUGGUGAAAAUGUACAACUAAAGAUGUAUAUUUCACAGAGAGACAAAUCUACAUAGGAAUGGUUUGAUAACAUCCAAUCCAGAAUUUGUCAGGUCUUGAUAUAAUUGCUAUUCACUCAAAGUCAAGUAGCUUGACUGAAGUGUAAAUUUGUUACAUGCCUGUUGAAGGAGACUGAAGGCUGUAACUGUUGCCAAAUGUGCCUCUAUUAAGUAUUGUCUCAAAGGACAUGGAUACUUAUGCAAUCAAGAAUUUUAUUUCUUUUGUUCCCAAGACCAAUCCAUAAAAAUCCGAGUCUUUAUUUUUUGUGUUGUUUAGUGUCGCAAAUUCUUAAUACCUCCACUUGCUGUAAAACCGUAAAACAUUAAAAGUCAAAGCGGGCUGGAUACCUUUUAAAGGCACGGUAUUUGCCGUAACACCUCUGAGUUAUGAUCCCAGGAAAUAAGAAGAACAUAAAAAAAAGGUUUUGAAAUGGUGUACUCUAAUAUGAUCAUGAAAUGUAUGAAAUGGCUGUUGUUUUUGCUGUUACCUGUUGUCAAAUGUCAUCAUGCUGGGGUAGAAAAGACUGCAUCCUUCCCAGUGUUUUUUUUUUUCUUUUAAAAAAGCAGUGAGACGAGAGGGGAAACCCCAUGUGAUGAACGGUGGAAAUUUACAGUCUGCCACUUUAUACAAGUUCUCUUAAAACUGGUUUUGUCUCUUUAUAUGUCUUUGAGGUUUUGGUACAAGUCUAAAUCCUACUGUUCCACUGAGUGUGAGUGAAUCCAAAAGCCAGGUUAUGGGAGAGUUAAGAGUGUGGGGGACCCGUUGUUAGGUUUGUACUGUGCGUCCUGCCCUUCCAUAGAAGCCAACAGAUGCCUGCAUAGUGACAUAUCAGCCCACAUACAGGAGAGCAACAAGAGGGGGAGUACGAUACCAUUUCUAAAGCCAGUAAUCUCAGAGGGGAAGAAGAAUUAAAAAAAAAAAAAAAGAAGUAAAUUAAAAACCAUUUUACAAGA